AUAAAAACUAAGCAGAUCUUUUUGUCAGAUACUGGAAAAGGAAAUCUUGGCCAUAGAUUCCUAAUCCUGUUCUUUUCUACUCUAUUUUAUUGGUAUCUAUAAAUAGGAAUAUCUUAUCUACAGUUUCUCCCUUUUCCUCGCUUUUUUGGCGAACAAGACCCAAAGAAAAUAAGUGGGUUUUGGAGAGAUUUAUGUCGGCAAGGUCUGCUCUGUCUGUGAUUGAAUUUGAGGCUCCAUUGUACCUCUGCUUUUCAGUUUCUUCACUCUUCUUUGCUCUCUGCUUGCAAUUUUCACCAAUUAUUUCCAUGGGUUUGAGGCCCAAAAGGAAUUGGUUUGGAGAAGUGUGUUUUGGGGGAUUUCACAUAAAGCAAUUUUUACAUCUUAUUUUGCUCUUGAGACCGCCUCUUACUUGAUACACAGCGUAAUUUUUCCUAAUUUCUCUUCAAAUUUUGUGUAUUACAUCCUUUUCCUUGUGUUUUCCUUUAGUUUUUGUUUAGUUUUCUUUUUAAGAAAGGCCAAUUUUUGGCGAAUAUUGAGGUAUUUUGGAGUGAAAUAACUCAGAAUGUCUGAGCUUGAGAGACAAUCAUCAUCAGAUCUUGAAAAUCUGAAAAGAAAUAUGAAGAACAAAGCUGAUACGAGACCAAUGAGGAAAAUUCGGAUUGUUUGUUAUGAUCCUGAUGCCACUGAUUCAUCUGAUGAUGAGGGGAUCAAUGAUCCCAAAUCCAAGCGUUUCGUUCGGGAGAUUAAGUUGCAGAUUGGCAACUCUUUCACUCCUCCAAAAGCUUCUGAAACAGAAUGUUCUUUUCAAGAUAGCAACAAUGGAGAGCAAAAACCAAAAAGCAAGGCUUUAGCUAAACCCCUGAUUCAACCAAGGCAGGGUUUAUCGAAAUAUAAAGGUGUUCGUCAACGAAAAUGGGGCAAAUGGGCUGCUGAAAUUCGCGAUCCCUUCAAAGGAAGACGGGUCUGGUUGGGUACUUAUAGUACUGCUGAGGAGGCCUCUCGAGCUUACGAAUUGAAACGCCUUGAAUUCGAGAGUAUGACUAAGAAUAGUACAAAUGUGUCUGAGAAGAGUUCUGAUGACCAAAAUCAAACCAAUACUAAUGUUGCUAGUGUCUCAGAGGACUCUGCAGAAAGCUCAGCGUCACAUACUUCGCACUCCUUGCCAUCAGUUCUUGAAUUGUACUCUUUUACUUCUGCCUCUGCUUCUGCUCCAAUUUCAGGACAUAAUGUUAAUGAAAAGGCAAGUGAUGUUGCUUUGGAGGCUAAUGUUGUUGAACAAGAAGUGCCUGAGUUGGCAUUAAUUGAGGAAACUCUAUCUUUGGCUCAAAUUGGUGAAACUAUGGACCUUGAGUUGGAGCUCGAGUCAUUCCUUGUCGGUGCUGAUGAUUUCAGUCAGCAUUUGGAUGAGUUUGUUAUCGAUGAUUUUGAGGACCCUGCGGUUUGUGUGAUCGAGGGUGAUGACCAGUUGCCUACUGGUUUGCCUGAUUUUGAUUUUGACUUUGAUUUUGAUGGCUAUGAUGAGUCCUUUGGUUUGAUGGAUGAUGCUCCGCGGAUGAAUGGAACACCCCUCAAUAUUGCAUGCCCAUAAUUUUGCAGCUAGACGAGUUAUAUUUGGAUAUAGUAUUAGUAUUACAUGUGUUAAGUAUCAAUUGAGUUGUAUGUCUCAAGAAUCAGUUAAAUAGAUGCUUGAGACCGUGAUUUUCCCUUAGCGAGUUCUAUUUAUUUGUUUGUUCAAGAGAGGUUUUUGAGUCAGAGGGAUGUGCUUUGUCUUCAUUGAAAUUGUGAGUGCCUUUGGAUUUUCCCGUGCUCUUAGAGCCGUCCAAAGGGCUUCGUUCUCAAUCUGCGUAGUCUUUGAGUGUAUGUUGCCGAUGAAAGGGCUUGAAAACGCGUGUGAUUUUACUCCCUAUUAUCCAUCUUUUUUUCGAACUAUGAUAUUAGUGAUGAGUAUGAUAUGGAAUUUGGAAGAGAGAGUGUUGAAAUAAAACUCUUUUGUUUUGUCUA